CCCUACAAGCUGCUGCCUCUCCUCCUCCUCCUCCUCGCCUCCCCCAUACGGGCCGACCCCAUAGCGACCGACCCCAUAGCGACCGACCCCGACCCGCUUUCACCGCACGCCGACUUCGCCUACAGCGCCCCCAACCGGCCGACGGUGCGCAUUGCAUCGGGUUCCAUCCGCGGCCUUUUGCUCCCCGCCGGCUCUUCGACGGCGGCCGCCUUUUUGGGGAUCCCUUUCGCCGUCCCCCCUUUGGGAUCCCUCCGUUUCCGCCCUCCUCUCCCCAUCCCCAAACCUUGGCCUGGGAUCCGCGAUGCCGAUUCUCAACCGUUCGCCUGUUACCAAAUCAUCGACACCACUUUCCCCGGUUUCCCCGGGUCGGAGAUGUGGAACCCGAAUCGCGAGAUGAGCGAAGAUUGCCUUUAUCUCAACGUCUGGACCCCGAAAAGGCGACCCUACAAAGCGCCCGUGAUGGUUUGGAUUUACGGCGGGGGUUUUUACAGCGGUUCCGUGUCUCUGGAUGUUUACGACGGCCGUUUUCUGGCCGUGGCCGAAGGCGCCGUGGUCAUUUCCAUGAAUUACAGGGUGGGAUCUUUAGGGUUUUUGGCUUUGGGGCGACGGGAGGCGCCGGGCAACGUGGGGUUAUGGGAUCAACGCUUGGCUUUGCAAUGGAUCCGAAGCAACGCCGAGGUUUUCGGGGGGGAUCCCGAUUUGGUGACGCUGUUUGGCGAAAGCGCCGGCGCCGCUUCUGUAGGGUUUCACCUCCUUUCGCCCCAUAGCCGGGGUUUGUUCCGUAGGGCCGUCCUCCAAAGCGGUUCCCCUAACGGGCCUUGGGCCAGCAUCGGGGCGGCCGAAGGGAGGAGGAGGGCGAUGCUUUUGGGACGGGUUUUGGGGUGCGACGACGGCAACGAGACGGAAUUGUUGGGGUGUUUGAGGGGGAAGGAACCCCUGGAGCUUUUGGAAGGGGAAGGGAUGGUGAUGCCGCCCCAAAGCGUUUUUAGGUUCGCUUUCGUCCCCGUGGUGGACGGGGAGUUUUUGGUCGAUAGCCCCGAUGCGGUGUUAGGAGGAUCC